ACAGCGCCCGUAGGAAGAAGAGCAGGAAGGAGCCGAGGAAAGGAAGUGGUCAGCAGCCCCGGGGUCCCAGAGAGCUCAUUGUGAUGCUGGCCAGGCUGGUGCUCGGGACCUCAGGCAGGGCGGCCCUAGGAUCAGUGGAGCCUGCGCUUGGCGGUCUGAAGUCAAUAUGGGGAAGAAGCCAACACUUUUGUUCUACUCCUUCUAAGGGUGUGACUUAUAAGGAACUAAAAAGCCUACUGAACUCCAAAGACAUUAUGUUAAUUGAUGUUAGAAAUACGUGGGAAAUUCUUGAGCAUGGAAAAAUACCUGGAUCAAUCAACAUACCAUUGGAUGAGGUGGGUGAAGCCUUGCAGAUGAACCCAAGGGACUUCAAAGAGAAGUACUGUGAAGUGAAACCAUCCACAUCUGACCGGCUAGUGUUUUCUUGUUUAGCUGGGGUGAGAAGUAAGAAGGCCAUGGACACAGCCAUAUCCCUGGGCUUUCACAGUGCUCAACAUUAUGCUGGAGGAUGGAAGGAAUGGGUAACCUAUGAAAUUUCUGAGGAGAAACAAGAAAGUUGACUUUCGGAAUGACAGACUCCGUGUUCAUGUAUACAAGGAUGGUGGAUUAAGCAAAAGAAAAACCCAGCCCUGGCACUGAAGGCUAAUAGAUUCUGGAUGACCGCUUGGUGACCGGUUUCCUCAUCUGAGAACUGGGGGUGCUGCUCCCCUGAACAUUUUCAAAGUCUACUGCACACGGAGAUAAUAUGAAUUGCCAUUGAAAUUAUAUUCUACAGUUCAUUUUGUUACUCUUUUCUCAUACAUUACAUCCCAAACCAAAGCUUCCCCUCCCCUCUCUCUACAAUUAAUUUUCAAGUAUUCUGGUGCUCCAAAAAUGAUCAGAUAGCUCGUAUUAUCUAGCCAUGUGUGAUCAUGGUUGUGAGCAAAACCAGUGUUAACAAGCAGUCCCAAUUUUUAAACAGUAACUGAGCUCCUGGUUUGAGCCUCAGAUUUUUAGGUCCAAUACCGGAAAGACGGAGGCAGGGAGAUUGCCAUGAGUUUGAGUCCAGCUGGGACUAUGGAGACUCUGUUUCUAAAGAAAAGACUCUGGGGUCUGGAGAAGUCACCUCUACUCAGGAAAAUCCAUUCACAGCCUCUGAAGACUCAUGGCAAUGUGUGGUCAGAAUACUCACGAUGCAACUCAUUUUAAAAAUUAUAAUUAAUGUGAGGAUAAGUAUUGCGAUGCGUUAUGACUGUGGAGAGCAAAGUAACCUAGAGGAGGCCAGGAAACUGUGUGGGAUUCUGGAGACGUUCCGUGGCAUGACGGAAACGUCAGGAGUGUGUGUGUCAAAACUCAUCGAACAUAAAAAUAAGUAUUUUUCCAAGUCAUUUUAUACCUCAGUUUCAAAACGAAUAAAAUACUAAAGUUUG